AUGUUUAGCAAGAAUAGACAGGAAUAGUUGAGAACAUUCAUGGCAGAAAAUCAGGAUCCGAUGAUUUUGACAAGCAUGCUUCAAUAGUUGAAUUAUUGUGUGGACAGAUGCUCAUAGGAGUUGGCUUAGGGAAACAAUGAGAUAAAGAAUGUGUAGGUGGAUAAGAAGUUGAAGAGCGAAAGGACAAAAAGGGCUGUUAGUUAGGACAAUACGUGUUACAAUCCUCUGUGGUUGAUAAAUAAGGACAAGAGAAGAAUUGUUGAGCGACAUAAUUAAGAAUUUAAUACAUUUUUACCUUAAUUUGUUUGGACUGAAAAGGACAAGGAACAAGAGUAGCCAAAUCAAAGAUUGAAACCUUUGGCUCCAAUAAAGGGCACCAUCAACAGGCCAAGGAUACUGUUGCCGAAAGAGAUACGCAAAAACCCAUUGAAUCAAAGGAAAAGAAUUUACGAAAGUUUGAUUUAUAAAGAAGGUCUAUGCAAUUUGAUAAAUAAGGGAUUAAUUGACAAACACAUCGAUGUGAGUCCAGCUUUCGAGUUUAGUUUGAUGCUAAUGUGA